AUGGAGGCACCUCAGGUAGUGGAGGAGGGGGAGGUGCUGGCCCGGUUGGUGUGCAUCGCGACUGAGAUAUACCCGGAGGGUGAAGGCGAGGACCUGCGCUACUGUACCAAGGCCUUCGCCCUCUACCUGACCGCCGACGGCCGCCUGCGCACCGACGAGCCCUCCUCAGGCAGCAGCCUGCCCUGGUACGCCCUUGGCAAUGAGCGCACCGUGGUCCGCACCGACGAGGGCGGCUGGCGCGGCGUGUGCUCGUCCGACGGCCACGUCACCCUCCAGGCCAGCGGUAGCCUCCCCAAGGCCCAGGCACAGGCCCAGACCACCACCGUCGAUCGACUGCUGGCCGGCCGCCUGCUUCCGCCCUGCAGCCUGGCCGGACGCUUCGAGAUCGUGAUCGUGUCGGUCGAGCUCGUUGCCGCCGGCCAGCCAGCGGUGCCGGCCACCUGGGACCACCUGCUCGGGCUCCUGAAGCGCCUGCGGGCCUACGAGCGUAGUCAGGGCUCGACAGCCGGACAAGGUGGUCAUGGUGACGAUGGUGGUGGGGUGGACUUUAGCGCCUACCUGCCGCUCGAGGCGAUCUUCAGCGUGUGCAGCUUCCUGCCGAUGUUUGGGGUGCAGUCGCUGGGCCGCUGCUCGCACGUGUUCCAUCGCAUCUGCUCCGACCCGUGGCUCUGGAAGCAGCUCUACCAGCGCCGCUUCGGCCCGCACACGCUACUGGUGCCGCAGGUCGCAGCUGCCGGCAGCGACGACCCCCGAGCACAACAGGCGGCGAUCGAGGACCUUCGGGAGGGCUUCUCCACUCCGGUGGCCGACGUGCGGUCGAUCUGGAAUCGACAGCCGUGGCCUACAACAACGCCUCCUGGUCUUCCGGCGCUUGUUAACGACGACAGCGAGAACGAAGAGGUGGAUUGGAAGCGGAGAUACGAGCUGGCGACGCGCAAGGACUCUGACUACCUGUCAUCUCUCGUCAUCAACGAGGGGCUCUACAUCGUGGACGGGCACACGCAGAACUCGGCAUCGAGCGGCAAUGUGACCCGCGUACAGGGCACCCGGCUGCGCCUGCUGCAUGGCCUGCUGUGGGCCGAGAUGCAGUACUCGUCGGGCUCCUCCUACAAUCGCCAGACCGGAGCCGUGUGGGUGGGCCGGUACGACCGCGCGAGCAGGGUGGUCGAGUGGCGGGAGCGGUACGCGACGCACAGCGGCCUCUUCCACUACACGGGCCGGGUGGUGGACCACCACACCAUCACGGGCACCUACCGGUGGGACGUCAACGGUGCCACGGGCACCUUCGAGCUCCACCUCGCACAACCAGAAGACCACUCGCCGAUGGUGAACUGCUCUUGA